CAUUCAUUUUUGCCUUUGCCAAACAGAUAAAAUCGUUAUCCUAGUUCAGGAAUAAGAUGCAAUUGUUAAGGCUCUAUUUUCCCGCUCUCAAACAAUCAGAAUCAUUAUCCCGGUUCAGGAAUAAGACACUACUAUCGUUAAUGCUACCUUUUCCUGCACUCCCAUUCCCUUCUUAUCCCGUAACCGUUACUAGACGCAGCAGCACCAUGACUCUUCCUGCAAACGUGGCGAUUCAAGGUGACACGAACAACGGGACCUCCGUCGCCGAGGAGGAGCCGAUUCCGCCGGAGCUGCGGUUAGAGCUGAUGCCAAAGCAUGUGGCGGUGAUAAUGGACGGGAACGGGAGAUGGGCGAAGAUGAGGGGGCUGCCACCGUGGGCGGGGCAUGAAGCCGGCGUGCGGUCGCUGAAGAGGAUGGUGAGGCUGUGCCGGAGCUGGGGGGUGAAGGUUCUGACAGUGUUCGCGUUCUCAACUGAUAAUUGGGUUCGCCCGAAGUUGGAGGUUGGGUUCCUGAUGAUGCUAUUUGAAAGAACUAUAAAUUCUGAAGUUGAAGCGUUUAAGAGGGAAGGAAUUCGAAUAUCUGUAAUUGGAGAUUCAUCAAAGCUCCCCAAAUCCCUGAAGAGAAUUAUAACUAGUGCAGAGGAGAGCACCAAGGACAAUACCAAACUCCAACUUAUUUUGGCGAUUAGCUACAGUGGGAAAUAUGAUGUUGUACAAGCAUGUAGAAGUGUGGCCAAAAGAGUCAAAGAUGGCCUUGUUGAUUUGGAAGACAUAGAUGAAAAAAUGAUUGAGCAGGAACUGGAAACAAAUUGCACUGAGUUUCCUAACCCUGAUCUACUAAUAAGGACUAGUGGGGAACUUAGAGUUAGCAACUUCUUGUUGUGGCAAUUGGCAUACACAGAACUAGACUUUAGUCGAGAACUUUGGCCUGAUUUUGGGAAAGAGGAGUUUGUAGAGGCCUUAAAUUCAUUUCAGCAGAGACAAAGACGCUAUGGUGGACGCCAUUCAUAAACUAUUUGUCUGCAAUAUGGUACCUUAUAGGUUGGAUUUAUAAUAAUUAAGCUUCACAAAUAUAAUUCUUGGCUGCCAUAUGUUCUAGCUAGGCAUAAGAAAUAUAUGUUAUCAUGUAGCAUAUAUAUAU